GCUGCUGCUGUGUGCUGACUGCUGACCCGCCUGAAAUAGAUCGUUACUUUCAUCUUCAAGACUAAUCUGCUCAAGCUGACGCAUCUCCACCUGCAACAACGACAAUGCCUUUGAAGAGAUUAAUAGAGGUCGACCCACCAAGCCCACUAAGAUAUCUGAUCGGAGUGGCAAUCAUGAUGAUCGGAGUUGUAUUGCCCGUCGGCUACAUGAUGUUCCGCAACAAGCGCGUUCCCUCUUCUUCCUCUUAUUCUAAGCAGACGUAGGAAUAAGGUUUUGAUAUAGAGGCAUUUUUGAUUGAGGAGGAAAUUAGGAUUCUUGAUCUGCGCUGAGUUUUGGUGAAAUUAAGAAGGGGAAGAACAAGGGACGGAAGCAAGAUUACAAGGACUAACAGACCCACCUGUGCUUGUAAAUGUAAUCAAGUUUGAAUUUUGGAUAUCAGCUUACUUUUUGUACCAUUUGGAUUGGCAUCUCAGUAAUGCAAUUCUUGGUUUAUCUUUAUUUCUUUU